UCAGGUUUUAUUUGAACCGGACCUCGACGCAGACGAAGUGAGAAGAGCAGGGCACUAUAUACCGUAACUUCCCGCUAAACAGCCUCAGAUUGAGAGAGAAUCCUCUGGAAUUGUAUAUCACUUCUAUAUCUGUGUUCCAGACUGGGUGCGUCAUUUCGUAUUUGACGAGAGAAUGGAAGCUCUAAAGAAACUGGAAGAGGUACAGAGAAUGCUGGCCUUCAUGCAAACGCGUGGUCUCUCCUCAAGCCAUCAUGAUUCCGAUCGCUUCCUGGCCGAUUUCAUGCUCUUUAUGGUACAACCAUCUGGCAUGCUCAACAUGUAUCAGAAGUGCCAUUUGAUGUCAGAGCUCUUGGCAAAGAUUUCAGCUGAAGUUUUUGAGGAAGCAGUGCUUUGGCUUACUGGAGAAAGUUAUGAACAGAACUGUGCAGAGCAGCCUUCACAACUUUGCCUUGAUAACAAGAUUGAUCUUGGUUCACUGAGGGCCAACACUGAAGAGAUUGCCAUGGUUGGGCUAGAUGCAAUUGAGCGAGCAAAUUCUACCCUUGAAGAUUUUUGCAGGUCUUAUUUUAUGUUUCAUGAAAUGGAUGUGAGCAGACCAAGAUCAAUAUUCAGAUACCUUCCUGUCCUUUCGUUUACGGAAAGCUAUAUUUAUCAGCUUGACAGUUUUAAUGAGAAAAUUUUGCAUUCUUCUCCAGAGGGACUUGUAGAUAUGGAAGGAGGAUCCAAACACCUUAGUAAUAUUUACAAGAUGCAGGAAAGGAAGCAGGGGAUCACAAAUAGCUUGCUGGAAAAUUUUAUAAUUGAUCCAUUCAGACCCCUUGUUCUUCUAAUUGAGCAGCAUGGACUUUUGACAGAGAGGAUAAGAGCAGAGCUCAAUUGUGGAAAAGAGUAUUGGGCACUGGAGAGGAAGCUCUGUCAUGCACUUCUAGGCAGGGAGGAGGUGUCAAUCGAAGAUGUGAUGAGAGCAAUUCAUUUGAAAUCUUUUGACUAUCGAGUUCUGAAUCUUUUGUUAUAUAAGUUGAGAGGAAAACCGGUAAUUUUCCUUUUGGUUAAUGACUUGCAUAUGGAAUUUUUAUCAAUCUCAGAAUUCCUUGUUGAAGUUUCUGAUGACUUGUUUGACUAUGAGGAUGAUGUGACAGAGAAUAAUUUCAAUAUUCUGCGCAUGUUUGUUCGAAUAUAUGGAGCUUCAGCAGCACCAACUAUGCUGGCAAAAUGCAUAAGUGAGGCUGAAGAGAAGUAUAAACAUCUAUCCAAACUCUUGGAUCCAGAGCUCUCUUCAAAUUAUUGGAGAAGAUGUGAAGAGGCCACAAGAGAAGGUGGGAAGCUGUCAGGACAUUCUCUUGGAGCGUGGAGUAUACCACCUAUAAUUUCGGAUGAGGAAUUGUACAGAUCAAAUUUAUUAGGCUCUAGCUCUGCAAGUCUAAAUAGACUCGCAUAGUUUCAUGGCAAAGCAAAACCUAGCUUUCAAUCUCAUGAAGUCUUCAUCUAAAGACUUGGCAAUCAUCCUAUCCACUGGUUUCCGAAUGUCUAAAAUCUUAGUCAAAUGAAGAUCUAGCAUUUGAAAGACGUAUCAGCUAUGAAACUUUAUAGUCUUUAACCCCAUUAAUUGAGGGCGCCCUUGGUGAUGUUUGCUCAAGUUUCCCUAUGAUGCAAGCGUAGCCUAUUGAGCCAUCAAAUCACUGAUCAAGUAUAUGUAAUUUAUGGUGUGUAUUUCGCAACAUCUGUUGCUCACUUAAAUCUUUGGGUGAGUAGUCUGGUUUAACUUGGGAAAUUAUUUGGUGAAUGAUUUGAUCAUUCCGUUA